AGAAAACAUUUCGAAGCAGACAAAAGAUGUCCUGGAUUCGGAAGUAACCGCCAUGGACACAGAUUAUCACAAACACUACCGUCAACUUCUUUGGUAGAAAAGUCUGUGUAUGGAAGAGAUGAAGAGAAAGAAACAUUGGUUAAAUUAUUGCUAUCAGAUGAUGAGACUGGCAAUAAAAUAGGUGUGAUUCCUAUUGUGGGUAUGGGUGGGAUCGGAAAGACCACCCUUGCCCAGUUUCUAUACAACGAUGUUAGAGUCAAGCAACAUUUUCAACUCCAAGCAUGGGUUUGCGUUUCAAAAGAAUUUGAUGUUUUUAGGAUCUCGCAACACAUUUAUGAGUCCCUCACCUCAGAAGCUUGCCAAAGCACAAACCUUGAUCUGCUUCUAUCAAACUUGCAGGCAACUUUGAGGGGGAAAAGGUUCUUCUCUGUUCUUGAUGACAUCUGGAACAAGAAUUAUAACCAGUUGGAAUUCUUAAAGCGUCUCCUUGAGUGUGGAGCACAUGGAAGCAAGAUUAUUGUAACAACACGUGAUGAAAAUGUUGCACGUAUGAUGGGUAACCUUGAAGCUCACCGUCUCAUGCCAAUGUCCGAGCAAGAUAGUUGGUCAUUAUUUAAAAAUCAUGCCUUCAAAAAUGCAGUUGUUGGUGCACGCACACACACAUCUUGAAGAAAUCGGUAGACAAAUUGUUCAGAAGUGCAAUGGUCUUCCUUUGGCUAUUAAGUCCCUUGGGGGUCUCUUAUGUUCUAAACUGUUAAUGGAGGAAUGGGAAAGUAUAUUGAACAGUGACAUGUGGGAGUUCUCAUCCGAUGUGUUGUAGGAGAAUGGAAUUGCAGAGCGAAUUGUCUGUUUAUUAUUGAUAAUAGGAGCCCUUAUAUAGGGAGUUACAAGGUACACAAAAGGUAAUCCGAAUACAAUUGAAUAUCUAGAACACUUUCCUAUUACAACUCUAAACCCUAGUUUGAGGAGGCACACAUUAUGUCGACAUCCUUCAACACUCCCCCUUGUGCCGCUCAAACUUGGUGAUGACGCUUUGAUCGUUGCCUCGUUAAAAACCUUGCCAGGUAACAAAAACCCGGUGGGACAAAAAUAACCCUGGUCGAAGGACAAAAA